UUUUGCUCGGUGCCCUCCAAUUUGUUCUCAUCGCCAUUUCCGUCUCUGAUCUGCUACACCUCUCCCACGAGGAGAGGAGCCGGGGAUUGGUCACCUAGCGGCAGCUCGAAACCCUAGCUCCGGCCGGCGGAAGUGAUGGCGGCGGCGGCAUCGUUCAGGUCGGGGACGAGGCGGGACGCCUUCGCGGCCCUGGAGGAUGCGGGCUCCGCCACGCGCGGCCGGCCGGCCGUGGGAGGCUCGGGUGCUGGGGGCAGCAUCCGCCGGUCGAGGAGCCUGAGCAGGUUCCCGCCGCCGUCGCCCUCCCCAGAGGACGCGGCGACGCCGUCCUCGAGGUUCGUGAACAAGGUGAGGGGCGCGGGCGGCGGAGGGUUGCCGGAGAUCAGCCUCGACGACCUCGCCGACGAGUUCUUCCGGGCCAGGGCGGAGUCCGAGGACGACGACGAGGAGGUGGUGGUGGCGCGCGGCCGGGCCAGGUUUCCGGCGCCCGCAGAGAGGGGAGGCGGAGGCGGCGGACGGCGGAGCUCCACUGCGCGGUACGCCAGGGAGACGGAGUCGUCGCGGCAGCGCGGGCGGUCUGUGUCACGACCGCCGGCUGAGCGGCGAGGCGGAGUCGCCAAUGCGGUGAAUGGCGGCACUGCAGCGCGGAAGCAGCGGUAUGCGUCGGCGGACCGCCGUGCUUCGAUGGAUCGACAUAGGUGGUGUGAUUCGGAUAAUGAUAUGGAAGUUUCUCAACAGUAUGCUUCUAGGGGGAUACAUACCAAAAGUAGCAGCGGCAAUAGCAUGCAGAAUUCAUUCCAUAAGCCAUCUAAAGUAAGUCAAACUUUGAAGAGGUCUACAAGUCAAAAGGAUUUCAUUCAUUCACGAGAUAGCAGCUCGAGCCAUUCUUCAGUUACUGAUGAUGAAUCUACGAGCUCUCACUCUUUUCGUAGCAGAAACCAGAAGGCAGUCCGUGCAGUUUAUACUCUUGACAAGGAGCGCCCAGUUUGUGACGAGGAUGGAAAUGCACUGUAUGACGUGAUGUGUAAAGAAGUUAGGCAAGCUGUUGAAGAAAUCAGGACACAGCUUGAAAAGGCUGUGACAAAAUCCGAACCUUCAGAAAAGACAAGUAGUGAUGCACAACCAACACAAGUCAUUACUGAGCUCCGAAGGAGCUACACUAGUAAAUUGGAAGAGUCGGAGCUGCGGAAGCAGGAAUUGUUAGCUCAAUUGGCGGUGGAAGAACAACGUGGUCAUGAGCUCACAAAAAUAGUUAGAGAAUUGCUACCCAGUUCUAAGAAGAAUGCAAAUCCAGAAAGACAGCUGCAGCACAGAAGAAGGAGCAAUGAUAGAUCAAGGAUGUCAAAACGGCUUACUGAAGAGGCUGAGCAGUACUUUGAAGAUUUCCUGUCAAAUGUUGAAGAUACCGACUUUUCAUCUUUUGAUGGCGAAAGAAGUGACACAAGUUCAACCAGAAAAGAUGUAUUGCUUCAUGCUAUGACAGAAACUCCAGUGGUGCUCCCAAAAGUUACUUCACCUGCUGAGGCAGAUGGCGUUGUCCUUCCCUGGCUGCAAUGGGAAACUAGCAAUGACCUAACCUCCCCAUGCAAAACAAAGGCCCAGUUUCAGGGUGAAAGUACCGCAUGCAGCACUAGCAAUCACAACAUGAGCAGCCGUGGGAGCUGGAGCCCUGGAGACCAUGAUAGUUCGUGCGCCACUAAAGAUAAGCUACUGACCAGGUUUGAAGAGGUGGGGAUUCGCCGAAGCAGCUGCCCUGAUUAUGCUCGAGGCUCGUCAUUUCAUUUCGACGACUAUCUGCACCUGCGGGGGUGUGAGGAUCUCCUCUUUGAGAAGUGGAGGCAGAAGGAAAGAAUCGACUCUGGCGGGUUAGUCCUGUGCAGUAGAUCGACAAUAAUGUAGUCUUGUAGAUUAUGGCCAAUGAUUCAUCGGCUUGUUCUGGGCAGGAUGUGUAGCGCACCCAGUUAGGUAGUUGAUGGGGUUGAGUUAGGCCAAUAACUGUGCAGAUUUUCAUUUGAUUGCCAUGGCUAGUUCAUGGUGCCUGGCGUGUAUAGAUGUUAUACUCUCUCAAUUUUUAAGUCGACAGUGUUUUAAUCA